CACCGGUGACCAUUCGCUAUUCUAGGGACUCGAGCUGGACAGCAUGGAACUUCCACGCUCACCUUUCCUUCCAUUCCAUUCACACAUGGUCCGUGCGCUUGGCCGGAACUGGAGAACGACAAAUCAUGGAAUUGGAGACAGGACGGGAACGGGAGCAAGGAUGAAUCCAGUUUGCUUAGUCAUUCACCAGUGUCGUCACAGCUUCCUUCAAUUGACAUGAGCCGAUUCGGAAGCUGCAGAUAGCUCAAAAAUCGUUAACAAAAAAAGCCGGUGUUGAAGAUAGUAAAAAGAUCAACAACAAUAUCCUCUAUCCUCGCCCAUCAUGUCAACUGAAGAAACCAAAACAUCCGCUCUGGACCGCCUUAGGGGCUGGGGAUCAUCCUCCCUCCCCGGCAUGGGCCUAGCAACCCUCAUCACCGCUCUACACUGGCGUCCCUUCCAGGCCCUCCCCAUGCUCUUGACCCCUCUCCUCAUGUUCUCCAGCUAUCUCAGCGUCGCCGGCUUCAAGAUCGACAGCGCCGGCAUGACCGCCGCCUGGAGCGGCAUCUACUUUCUCCUCGCCGCCCGCCGCCGUCCCGCCGCGCUCAAGAACAAGUUCUCGGCUCGUGGCGCCGUGCGGGCCACGGCCAUGGGUCUAAGCGCGGUCAACGUGCUUGCGGGCACCUACACCUACGUGACGGGUGAUCGCAAGGCCGAGGAGCAGGAGAGGAAGGAGAUGGACAAGUGGGGAAUGUACAACGAUAGCGAAUGAAGAAUCUGACAGGGACGGUCGGGAUGGUGUAGGGGAAAUGGGCUUGCUGUGGUUGAGCAGAGUCGGCCUGGCAUGUAGGAGCGAGUGUGUUCUGACGUGUUACGGUGGACAGCCCGUGGAUUAGUCCACCAGCUCCAUGUCCAGAAGUUGCUGGAGGGAGAGGGGGGAAAGGGGGUUCGUUGUUUCGGAGGUAUUCUGCGGGAGCAGUUGUGUGUCUGUAUCAUACUGUAUCAUAAAGAGCAAGCAUUCGGCGGCGUCAAAGGGUGGGAAAUGACAAACAAGGAAAAUUCGGCUAUGCGCAAA